AUGCCAAACGUUUUGUUUGAUAUUGGAUACCAUACAAUUUGGGUAGGAUGGCUCCGUGCGGAGGAUCAGACAGUUCUGACAAUGCAUGAGCGGGCGGUUCUUGGGUCUCGCUACGCUGUCACCCUGGAUCCACCUAGGACGUGGCAGCUACGUAUAAGGCCGCUAAGGGCGGAAGACCGGGGCUGCUAUAUGUGCCAGAUAAAUACCCAGCCAACUAUGACUUGGCAGAUUGGGUGUAUCGAUGUUUUUGUGCCUCCAGAUAUAAUGAGUGAUGAUACGUCUGGAGACGUAUCGGUUCAAGAGUUGGAGAAUGCGACUCUCACUUGCAAAGCGACUGGACAUCCUGCCCCCAAGAUCACGUGGAGGAGGGAAGACCACGAGCCCAUAUUGCUAAAGAAACCUAACUCAAGAGAGUUUGAAAAAGUGGAAAGUUACGUAGGCAGCUCAAUGCCACUAUGGAGAGUGGAUCGGCGGCAAAUGGGCGCCUUUCUAUGUAUAGCAUCCAAUGACGUACCUCCCGCCGUUAGUAAGCGGAUCACUCUUAAUGUUAACUUUGCUCCAACAGUUAAAGUUCCAAACCAGCUGCUAGGAGCACCCUUGGGGACGGAUGUCAAACUCAAGUGCUACGUGGAGGCAUACCCAAAUACAAUUAACUAUUGGAUCAAAAAUAGAGGAGAAAUGCUACUAGAUGGCCCAAAGUACACAAUACGCGAAGAGAAGUCAUCCUACAAAGUAUCGAUGUGGUUGACCAUCCGACAAUUCGCAAAGAGUGAUAUCGGUACAUACAACUGUGUCAGUACCAAUUCAUUGGGGAAAAGUGAAGGGACACUGCGGUUGUAUGCGGCAUCGCCGGUACAGCCAAGGUACUCUGCAACUCCCAAUAGCUAUCCCGAUGUGGAUUUUUUACUGCGUGAUCCAAAAGUUAUAUAA